AUGCUAAGGAAAAAGGGCUCGGAGCUGCUGAAAGACCGUGAGGUUCUGCUAGAUCUGGACCACACUGGGGAAUCCUACAGUGCAGAGUGUUAUGGGAGCCUGGAGAAUGGGGGCUUCAUCCCUCCCCGAUAUCUAAAUACCACAGCUAAUGAUGAUGAUGACCCUAUCUAUGUCCAAUGUGAGAAGACAGCCACCUCACCACCCCGGCCACCUGGCAACUAUUUCAGAGAUGGCCGAACCAAAAUUGAUUUUGUCCUGGUAUGGGAGGUGAAGUCCCGCAAGAAGCGAAGAUCUAAAAGUAAAAGCCAUGGUGAGACUGUGGAGGAUGAGGAGCAGGCUGCCCAGGAGGAGAGCAGAUCUGAGAAGAGGAAAGCUCAGCUGGCCAGAUGGAGAGACAAAUUUAUCCAGAAUCUACAAAGUGUCGGCCUCUUGUUAGAAAAGGAGGAAUCAGCCAGUGCAAAAAAGACUGUACACUAUCUGAAGAUCAGUGCUCCCUGGGACGUGUUGGUGUUCUAUGCAGAGGAAUUAUGCCUGAGAGCGCCACUACAGGCGCAGCCUCAUCCAGAAUUUAACACCUCGGCUCGGGUUCUUCAAAAUCUCUGGGUGCCGAACAUCAUGGCAGAGUAUGUGCCCAACAGGCCAGUGGAUUAUUACACGUGUGCCUUCCGCAAGUCCAAGCUGGAAAAGUUUCUGGGCUGCGAGGAUCAUGAGAGUUAUUUUACCAACACCCAGCGACACCGCAUUGUGUAUGAGAUCCUAGCAAGUACUGUGUAUGGCAAACGGAAACGAGCUGAGGUCGGAGUGGCUCGACUGUUAAACGAAGGCGCCUUCAAAGCAGCAUUUCCUCUACACGAUGGUCCAUAUGAACUGCCGAAAUAUGAGAUCUCUCCUGAUCAGUUAAACAAGAGGCAGGUCCUGUAUCACUACUGGGCUCGCUGGUCAAAAUGGUACAAGUACCAGCCUCUGGAUCAUAUACGAGAAUACUUUGGGGAGAAAAUAGCCCUUUACUUUGCAUGGCUUGGUUUUUACACGGCAUGGCUCCUUCCUGCGGCGAUAGUUGGGACGCUUGUGUUUGUUUCGGGGAUUAUGACUAUGGGAUCCAACACCCCAGCAAAGGAAAUCUGCGAGAACGGGAGCCGCUAUCUAAUGUGUCCUCUUUGUGAGAUGUGUAAACCGUGGAAUAUGUCUGACAUUUGCCCCAUGGCCAAGGUGGGUUACCUGUUUGACCAUCCUGGAACAGUCUUCUUCAGUGUGUUCAUGUCCUUCUGGGCCAUCACGUUCCUUGAGUACUGGAAGCGUAAGAAUGCCACACUGGCUCAUCACUGGGACUGCAUGGACUUCCAUGAGGACGAGGAGCCUCCACGGCCAGAGUUUGCAGCCAUGGCCCCGGCAAUGGAAGAGAACCCUGUGACAGGAGUGAAGGAGCCGUACUUCCCAGAGAAAGCCCGACUCUCACGCAUGUUCACUGGAUCAAUGGUCAUUGUCAUAAUGCUGUGUGUGGUGAUGAUAUUCUUAGUUACUGUCAUCAUUUACCGCAGUAUAGUGAGCGUGAUGAUGUACGAGACUGGGAGCUCCAUGCUGCGCACUCAGGCUGGGAACAUUGCCAACAUCUCCAGCAGUAUGGUGAACCUGGCUUUGAUCUUGCUAAUGGGUCAGGUGUACACAGCACUAGCUGAGCAGCUCACUAAAUGGGAAAUGCACAGGACGCAGACGCAGUAUGAGGACGCCUUCACGUUUAAAGUGUUCAUCUUCCAGUUUGUCAACUUCUACUCCUCUCCUUUCUAUGUGGCCUUUUUCAAGGGAAGGUUUGUUGGCUACCCCGGACACUAUGGCACUUUAUUUGGAAUGAGAAAUGAGGAUUGUGGGCCGGGAGGAUGUCUGAUUGAGCUUGCCGAGCAGCUCUUCAUCAUCAUGAUGGGGAAACAGCUCAUUAACAACAUCCAAGAAUUUGUCUUACCUAAAGUGAAAGCAUGGAGGCAGAAAAAGGCCCUGACGUCAGUGAAAAAAGCUCAGACUGGUCGGGAGCCAGAGUGCUGGGAGCAGGACUAUGAGCUGAUUGAGUGUGAAGGCCUGUUUGAUGAGUAUCUUGAAAUUGUGCUGCAGUUUGGUUUCAUCACCAUUUUUGUGGCUGCAUUCCCGCUGGCUCCUCUCUUUGCUUUGUUAAAUAACUGGGCCGAGGUGAGACUAGACGCACACAAGUUUGUGUGUGAGUACCGGCGGCCUGUGGCUGAGCGGGCGCAGAAGAUUGGUGUGUGGUUCAUCAUUCUGGAGGCCCUGUCCCAUCUUUCUGUCAUUGUUAAUGCUUUUCUUAUUGCAUUUACAUCUGAUUUCCUGCCUCGACUGCUCUACCAGUAUAGGUAUAAUAAUUUAGAUGGCUAUGUGAAUUUUACACUGGCCUAUGCUCCUCCCAGCUACAACUACUCCAGCCAUGGCAUGUGCAGAUAUAAAGCUUUUCGAGAUGAAAAUGGGAGCUACAGUCUAGUUUACUGGGAACUUCUUGCAGUCAGACUUGGCUUCAUCAUUGCAUUUGAGCAUGUGGUGUUCUUUGUGCUUCGCCUGAUUGACUGGAUGGUUCCUGACGUGCCAGAGUCUCUGGAGCUGAAGGUCAAGCGGGAGCGUUACCUGGCCAAACAGGCUCUGGCUGACAACCAGGAGGCACUGUUGCAAGCUAAACGUCUGGCAACCUGAAGUAAACCUGCAGGGCCUAAAGAUCUCCAGAAGAGGGUACACUAAUAAAAGAAGGGCUGGAUCCCCUCAGCGCAGUAUUAAGUAAACCUCGUCAUUUGCAAUCUUCUAAAUGAUUAAUAUUUUUGCACUUUGGACUUUGUGAUGUUGUAGUGAGUGUGUGGGUCUGUGUUUGAUGAUUGUGUAUGUACAUGUUUUAGACAGAGCAUGCCUAUGUAAUUUUUAGAAUUAUUACUGGUGAACAGAUAAUGCCAAAGUGUAAAGACAAAAUUCUAACCUUGUUGAGCAGUGCUUCCUAAACUUAACCUUACUUAAACUGACUUAAAAGCAGCUACCUUCUGUUGUUACUCUGCUCCAUUUAACUGUCAUCUAGUCCUGGUGUAAAAGAGAUUAGAGGUUUUUCUUUGCUGUAUGUUUGUUAAAGAGAAAGUGAAAUAAUUUUAAAGGUGUAAUGAUGCAAGUGGUCCUGUGCUGGUGACAUGAAUUGCAUUUUUUGUGUUCUCUAAAUAUAUGAUGCAUUAAAAUAAAAUUAAUUUUGCAAAA